GGCAUUGAAGGGGCAUCGGGAUGUGAGACGCAGCGAGAGCCUCGAGAGACGCGUUACAGUUACCUGCUGAAGAAGACAAAAUGGCGCUGAAAACUAUGGCCUUCCUACUGCUGGCUCUCAUGGCCGCCCUCGCCGUGGCCACGCCGCUGGCCGGACACAAGCACUACGGCAGCUAUGGCUACAGAGGCUACGGCCAUGGCUUUUCCAGGGGCCACUUCGGACAUGGCUUCAGUCGCGGUUUUGGCCACGGCUUCGGACAUGGAGGAUUCGGACACGGAGGAUUCGGACAUGGAGGAUUCGGACACGGAGGAUUCGGACAUGGAGGAUUCGGACACGGGUUCGGAUAUGGAUGGCGCUGAGUGGACGUUACUGACGAACAUGUAUCAAUAAGAUCUGUUCGCAUUUUUCUUUGUUUUGUGAAGUCAGUCCGACUCCACCUUCGUCCUUAUUUCUUCUAGUCUUAAUUGAAGCAAAAGUUCUCAAAUUAUCACCACGGAAACAAGACCUGCGAACGUUUCUUAACGAGUUGGAAGACCCAGGGUGUCGAAAAAGGAACACCUUGACUCUACCAGACUAGUUUAAGGGUUAUACUAAUCGGGGAAUAUAAUGAACACUUUCCCACUCUUUUUUUUACAGCCAUCCAGCUUUUUGUUUACAUUGUGAGUAAUAUUAUUUAGCUUGUUAAUCAUGUUGCUUCUGUGUCUACGGAGUCAUAAAGUUAGGUAAUGUAAAAAUAUUUUUAUAUGUGUGUGUGUGUGUGUCCUUGUGUGUGUGUGAGUGUGUGUGUGUGUGUGUGUGUGUGUGUGUGUGUGUGUGUGUGUGUGUGUGUGUGUGUGUGUGUGUGUGUGUGUGUGUGUGUGUGUGUGUGUGUGUGUGCGUGUGUGCGUUAGUGUGUAUGACUACUUUCUAUCCAUGAAUGUUUAUGCUUAUGGCACCGACCCCACUCUAUAUACCUGGAUGUUUUAUACCGUGAACAGAAAGCUGCAAAUGUACAACAUAUUUGCAGUAUAACAACAAAUUUGUAAAUAACCUGAAAAAUAUACAAAAUAAAGCUU